AAAAAAAUAAGUUUACAACAACACGAUAAUUUUUAUUUGAGAUCUCAGGGAGUGUGCACAUAAUUAAUAGUUAUUAUUUAUUUUACUAAAUCUUUUUUUUUCUUCUUGUAAAGAUGAUUUCAAAACUGUUGAUUUUGUUACUUAACACUGGAAUAUUGGUACAUUCCGGUAGUCUUAUAGUCGACGGUGAUACAUAUAAUGAAAUAUUUAAUAUGUAUUACGGAUGGGAUUUAAUAAUUUCUAUUGGUAAUAAUUCGUGGGCUACAUGCUUAGGUACAUUCAUCGCACCACGAGUAUAUAUCACUGAUCCUGUGUGUCUCGAAAGUAAGAUUAACGAGGAUAAUAUUACUGAAACUGGUAUUUUCAAAAAAGCCCACGAUGAACUACUUGGUAAGGGUACAACUUUCAACAUCAGUAACAUAAACUACAGUGAAGACUUAGAUAGAACUUUCAAUAAGAAUAAACGUAAAAUAGCAGUAGUUAUAACUAAUGAACCAGUUGAACCCGAACAAGAUAAAAAUGGAUAUGUAAAAAUAAAUUCAAAUCUUAAUGAUAUUGAUGUAGAAAAGUGUUUCAUACCAUUUUAUAAUGAUUCGAAUAUAGAAUUUACUUUUUGUAAUCAUGUGUACUUCGAUAAUCGUUAUGGAAAUCCUGCUAAUAUUUAUUGUCUUAGCAAUCAACCUCUUAAGGGUAUCGGAAGUGGUUUCUUUUGUACCUCGAAAUCAAACCCUGACGUCAAUGUUUUAGUUGGAGUUGUAGCCGGAUAUAACACUAAAUUUACAUUCUGGCCCGACUCAAAUCUUAACAUGGCAACUGUUGAAAAUAUUAGCGGAUUAAAUGAUACUAUAUUUGAAAAUGUCAACGAUAUUUUAAACUUUCUUAAUAAAACUUCGGAAUGAAAAAUUCAUUUCUUUAAGAAAUUCAGAUAAUUGAAAAUAAUUAUCUAAGGUAUCAAUGAAAAAAAAGAUGAAAAUUAAUAAUUAAAUAAAUAACCAAUUUUAAAAAUAA